CGGGCGGGGACAAGAUGGCGGCAGCGGCGGCGGCGGCGCGCGCGCGGCGGGGCGGGCGGUAACGGGGCGGCGCGACCGGGACGAGGAACGGGACCGGGGCCGGGAGAGCGCCGGGGGGCAGCGGCCGAGGGGCGGCCCCUAAACUUGGGGGGACGCGGGAGGCGGCGGCUCGGCGGGGCGGAGCGCGGCGCCGGGGCCCGGCCCGGCUCCCCCGCCCGGUGCCGGGGAGGGGGGACUCGGCCGCCCACCCCCCUCCCCCAGUUCACCGUUCGGGCCGGCGGGAGCGGCCGGAGCCGCCUGCGGGGAAGGACGUGGCCCGGGUCGGGAAGGGCCCGGAGGUCACCGAACCCCCUCCGGGAGUCCGUCCCGUCCCGGCUCCGGCGCUGAUUUUGUCGCACUAAAAGUGUCCUGUCCCCUGUCACCCCUCCCCGCCCCGCCGCUGUGUCCUCCCUGCCCCGGUGACACCUGUGGGAGGUGCGGGAGGAACCGUCAGGGUAGGUGGCCAUCCCUGAACCCCCUUCCGUGAGGGGCCGGGCACCGGGCAGAGGGUCCCCCCGACCCCCCGGGAGGAGCCGGGUGUUGGGGCACCGGGCAGAGGGUCCCCCCGACCCCCCGGGAGGAGCCGGGUGUUGGGGCACCGGGCAGAGGGUCCCCCUGACCCCCCGGGAGGAGCCGGGUGUUGGGGCACCGGGCAGAGGGUCCCCCCGACCCCCCGGGAGGAGCCGGGUGUUGGGGCACCGGGCAGAGGGUCCCCCCGACCCCCCGGGAGGAGCCGGGUGUUGGGGCACCGGGCAGAGGGUCCCCCCGACCCCCCGGGAGGAGCCGGGUGUUGGGGCACCGGGCAGAGGGUCCCCCUGACCCCCCCCGGGUGGGUUGUGUUGUCCUGCACCGCUGACACCCGGAGCAGAGGUGGUGACACAUCAUGUGCCAGGCGGAAUCCCGGUGGAUGAAGGAUGCCCCCGGGAGCUCUCGGUAGGCACCGAAGGCCUCAAACUUUUGUAGGCGAAAGCGAAGACGCGAGAAUUGUUUCAGAAAACUCCUUCAAGGAAACUUGUUUCCAGCUCCCCAACGGCUGAACCCCCCUCUCCGGCCCGUGCUCCCGGGAGGGCGGCGGGAACACACCUUCCCACCCCGGCUGGGAACCAUGAGCUCCUAGGGAUGGAAAGUCACGAGAGGGACUGGGAGCUGCUCUGGUUCCACGGGGUGGCCUGACGGCCCGGAGAUGACCUAACUCUGCAGGAUCAAACUGGGCCCAGUCAAGGCCAAUUGACUGGGAAGAGCCCCCGGCAGUGGGACCGGGUCGGAAACAAAACGAGUCCCAAACUGAGUGUGUCCCGUCACAAAUUUAUGUUCUUUUUCAAAGACGUUCUGGAGCCAGGCCGGGAUCUUUUGGCAUCCAACUGACCUGGAAGCAGCUCUUAGGUUUGGUUUUCUUUUUUAUUUUUUUCCUUCUGUUUUUUGGUUGUUUUUUUUUCUUUUUAUUAUUAUUAUUAUUAUUAUUCAUGUUUGUACAAUCUUCUGGAUAUUUUUUUCCCGAGAAGGAGUAAAAGGGAGUGUUGGAAACUAACGAACAGGAUUAAAGCCCUGAGCGCUUAAGGAAAAAACAGGUUAAGGAACUUAAUCCAGGAUGGAUCUGCAGGAGCCCCAGCAGCUGGGAAUGUUUGCUGAGAGUGAGCUGAUGUCGGUGGGGAUGGACACGUUCAUCCACCGCAUCGACUCCACCGAGGUCAUUUACCAGCCCCGGCGCAAACGGGCCAAGCUCAUCGGCAAGUACCUCAUGGGAGACCUGCUGGGAGAGGGCUCCUACGGCAAAGUCAAGGAGAUGCUGGACUCAGAGACCCUGUGCAGGAGAGCUGUGAAGAUCCUGAAAAAGAAGAAGCUGCGCCGGAUUCCCAACGGGGAGGCCAAUGUGAAAAAGGAAAUCCAGCUCCUGCGGCGAUUACGGCACAAAAACGUCAUCCAGCUGGUAGAUGUGUUGUACAACGAGGAGAAGCAGAAAAUGUAUAUGGUGAUGGAGUACUGUGUGUGUGGGAUGCAGGAAAUGCUGGACAGUGUGCCAGAAAAGAGGUUUCCAGUGUUUCAGGCUCACGGGUACUUUUGUCAGCUUAUAGAUGGCUUAGAAUACUUGCACAGCCAAGGGAUUGUCCACAAGGAUAUAAAACCGGGGAACCUCCUGCUAACAACCAAUGGGACACUAAAAAUAUCCGAUUUAGGCGUAGCAGAGGCAUUGCAUCCAUUUGCGGAGGACGACACGUGCAGGACGAGCCAAGGGUCGCCAGCAUUCCAGCCCCCAGAAAUUGCCAAUGGCCUUGACACCUUUUCAGGCUUUAAAGUCGACAUCUGGUCUGCGGGGGUGACGCUAUACAACAUCACAACGGGUCUGUACCCUUUUGAAGGGGAUAAUAUCUAUAAAUUAUUUGAAAACAUCGGGAAAGGCGACUACACAAUUCCAGAGGAUUGUGGUCCUCCACUCUCAGACUUAUUGAGAGGAAUGCUUGAAUACGACCCAGCCAAGAGGUUCUCAAUACAGCAGAUAAGGCAGCACAACUGGUUUAGGAAGAAACACGCUCAGGCAGAGGCGCUGGUGCCCAUCCCUCCCAGCCCCGAGACGAAGGACAGGUGGAGGAGCAUGACGGCGGUGCCUUACCUGGAAGAUCUGCAUGGCUACAAUGAGGAAGAGGAUGAUGACUUGUAUGACAUUGAAGAUGAUAUCAUCUACACUCAGGACUUCACAGUACCAGGACAGGUGCCUGAGGAGGAGGCCGGGCAGAACGGGCAGAGCCGCGGCAAGGGGCUGCCCAAGGCCGUGUGCAUGAACGGGACGGAGCCGGGGCAGCUGAGCACCAGGGCCAAGGGCGAGCGCCGGGCCAGCGCCUCCUCCAACCCCUCCCGCAAGGCCUGCUCCGCCAGCAGCAAGAUCCGCAAGCUCUCCACCUGCAAGCAGCAGUGAGCUCUGCCCAGCGUCCCCAGGCCAGCCUGCGUCCCCCUCCUCACCCCAGCUCUGCCUCUCUCCUGGGACUGGACUGUGCUUGUGAUCCAAAAGGAAACCAGAGGAAACCAACCAAGGAGCCCCCCCUUCCCUCCCUGCACCCCCUGCUCCGGCCAGCGCCAGGACACGAAGCUGCAGUGGCUGGACCUUCCCCACCGGACACCUGGAAGUUGAACUCUGCGGCUGCCAGGACGCUGCCCCCCUCCCCCCAAUCACUCUUUGCCAAUCAAGACACUGAUUCUGUUUUUAAUUUUGCGAUGGGAAGGGUGGGAUGAGGGGUUGGGGGGGUGGGACCCUCCCCCUUCCCCCUGCCGGGCCCCCCCCCGGCCAUGUAGAGUCGUGCAAAGCCAUUGCCGUGCACUUUAUGUUUUAGACUACUGUUAUAUAUUAUAUAUUUUCCUCUUUUUUUUUUUCUUUUUUUGUUUUUUUUUUCUUUUUUGUUUUGUUUUGUUUAUAUUUGCGGUAUAUUUAGAGAUUCCUACACAUCGUGAUGUGUUAAAAUAAACCAGAUGAGGAAAAAAAACCAAACAAACAGGUAUUAAGACAAAGCAGAACUCUAUUAUACCUGCAUGCUGCACGGGGGCUCAGAGGGGCUCAGAAGGGAACAGGGCCCAGGAAGGGCUCAGAGUCUGGGAGGAAUCCAAAGGGAUUGGGGCGCUGGCAGCCACUUGGCUUUUUUUCUGCUUUUUUUUUUAAUUUUUUUAUUUUUUUCCCUCCUUUUUUUCUUUUUUUUUUUUUUUUUUCUUUUUUU